AUGCACUCUGCUGAAAUCACAGACAAGAGAGAAGAGGAGGUGAAAACGACUAAGUCUGAGGGUGGAAAUGAUAUAUUGCCCGAUUCUUCAGUCAAAAAUGGAGAAGAUUUCACGAUCAAUUGCGUUUCCUCUGAAACAAUUCAAGUCAGGAAAGAAAAUAGACAUGGAAAGCCAUCACAAGCUGCCACUCAACAAGAGAAAACAGAAAAGGAACCGGGGCCAAGAAUUACCAAGGAAUUUCUGAAGGACCACUGCAAGAAAAACAAACUUUAUUCGACACCUUGUCUGAAUGACACUUUGUAUUUGCAUUUCAGAGGUUUUUCCAGCAUUGAGAAUUUGGAGGAGUACUCGGGACUAAAGUGCCUUUGGUUAGAAUGCAAUGGGCUGCGACGCAUUGAGAAUCUGGAUGCCCAAACUGAUCUGCGUAGCUUGUUCCUGCAACAAAACCUCAUACAUAAGCUUGAAAACCUUGAACCUCUUAGCAAGCUCUGCAUCCUGAAUGUCUCCAACAACUACAUAAGCAUAAUAGAGAAUAUAUCCUGCCUUCCUGAGCUAAGCACCCUGCAAAUAGCUCACAACAAGUUGGAAACGGUAGAAGACCUAGAGCAUCUAAGUAACUGUCCCUCGAUAAGUGUCCUGGACAUGUCCCACAACCUGAUAAAUGACCCAGAGAUCCUCGGUGUACUUGAGAGAAUUCCACAGCUGCGAGUACUAAAUCUAAUGGGUAAUGAAGUAUUGAGAAAAGUAUCCAACUACAGAAAGACCAUGAUUGUACGUCUCAAACAGCUUACCUACCUUGAUGAUCGACCCGUAUUCCCCAAAGACAGGGCAUGUGCCGAGGCAUGGGCAGUGGGAGGGUUGGAGGGGGAGCGCAAAGAAAGGGAGUUAUGGGAGACACGAGAGAGAAGAAAAAUCCAGGAUGGCUUGGAUGCAAUGACAGCAAUCAGAAAUAAAGCCAAGGAGAGAUGGUGCCUUAGAGAACUACAAGAGAGAGGUGAGGCUGAGGCUGCCACCAUUCCAGAGUCUCAGAGUCCUUGUGAGGGAAAUCACACUGAGAAUUUGAGCUUAUCAAGAGAAAAGAAGAUUCAGAAUUUUGUGCAGGACAGCUUGCAGGCACAUGAAGAGUUCCUACAGAAACAGAGAGAGUCAAAAGAAGAGACAGAUGAAAAUGUUGACAAAGCGAAUCUGGAGGGAGAACAAUACGGUGAGGAAUUAGUCAGAAUUAGUGAGAGAAAGCAGUUUGAGCAUAAUGACCAAAGCCAAGGACAGAUAAAUAAAUCUGACAAAGGGAAAGAAGAAAAAGAAGAUCCAGAGCAAUUUGAUAGAGACCAGAAAGAAGGAAAAGGGAUGGGAGCAGAGACAAUAAGGGAGAUAUCAGAAGAUAUUCAACAACAGUUAGGGAUAAACCAAGUGUGUAGAAUGCAGUCUGCAAGAAAUCAGGAAACGAAUGAGCAGACAAAUGGUGAGGUGUUAGAGGAAGAGCAGUCUAAGUCAAAACAGCCCCUUCUCACCAUGAGAUCCCCUUCUGAACCAGAUGAGGCAGUAGCAGCACAUGGCCCAGCGCCACUGGUGAUAGAGCUACAUGAAGCAGAGCACCGGGAGACCUUUUACCUAGAACCACAUUGCUCACUUUGUAUCGAUGAUCUGCCCGAUCUCGAGGAUGUGGACACAGAAGAUCAGGACUGCACAACAAUCUUCUCUUGUCAGCAAGCACCCAGGCCAAAAAUAGAGGUCAUAUCAGGUGGAAGCAAUAUAGACAUACCAGUCAGAGAUCAGAGAGAGGCAGCAUUGCCCGCAAAGACCGCAUCCAUUUUGGGUCUACACAAUGAUGUAUUGCUCAUCAAGCAUGACAUCAAAGUACUAGAUGAUGUCUCUACAUCAUUGGCAGAACCACAGACUGGGGAUGCCCCUAAGGUAAUGAUUUUGAAACCAGAGGAAAAGUCUAAACUAAACCUAACUCCCCCACCAUGUUGUCUAAUUGAGGAACUAGACUGA